GGCCCCACCAUAUCAACGACUCUUCGGUUCACUAAUGGGCCACUAUGGGUCGCCUCAACAUUUUUGACAUGAUGACUCCUUGCAGCAAAACAAGUUCAAUUAUAAGUUCCUAUCAGUUCUUCUCGCGCAACAUAAUAUUGUCUAACAGCAGUAGGAUGGCCAGUCAAAGGAAUGCCCUGCUCUUCUCCAGCAUCGUUUCGGCUGUUCGAAUCAAUGUCACACCCUAGUAGAACAUGCCUCUGCUGUACAAUUCUGAAGCCCAGGCCUGUGGGUGGCUCGAUAUUCCGCGAGUCGUUUCUGUCCUGCUGCAUAGCGCGAAUGCCAUAUACAUGCUGUGGUUCUCUUCUUUAUAAUCCUUCAGCACUUUACCGUACAGGUACUGCGGUGUUUCGUAACCUUCAUCACACAUCUUAUUCUCAAUGGCCCGUCGUCGUCGUGUCACCUUCAAGUCUCCAAGCUCAUCAGAUGUAUCGUCGCAAAAACUUCUACAACUCCUUGAGUAGUGGAUUCUGCCACCAAUGUCGACUCGGAACCCUCGAAAGGGAGAAAAUAAAUCGUAGGUCAUCAGGCAACGAUAACGACAACGAGACGAAGAGUUCAAAGCGUCCACGGUCGCAAAAAGAGGAUUAUGAGGAGCCAAGCUACCCAGAGGAUAUCCAGGACCCGGGAGAGAUACACCUCAGUCACCUUAGUAAAGUACGAGUCGUCAUCGUUGCCAUUCGCGCGACUGAUCUCACUCUUGGUCUCCAAGGGAUCCCAUGCGGUGGUCAAGGCUGAUGGUGCUGAAUACCAGACAAGCAAUAAAUCUGUAAACGUAGACCAGGCUGUCGUUGGGU